AUGUCUUCAACUACUCGACCCAUAGCCAUUCUCUAUCAAUCCAUUCAACCUCCGAUCGUGGACGGAGUCAUCAAGCCUUUCAAACCUGGCGGUUAUAAAGAUUCUGGAGCAGAUAUUGCUUUUAAUUUAUUAGCUCAACACUAUUCCAUUGUAACACCCAACAGAGGAAUAUUGAACCAUAAUGAUGAUGAAUUAAAAUCUAUUCCUGAUUUGGAAUGGGUAUUUCCUGAUUCGAAGGAAGGAAUUGAGGAUUGUUUGAGAAAGGGAGCAAUGGUAAUUUGGGCCAAUACUGUACUCUUUGAUGAUCAUCCUUUGCAUGAUUUGAUAAAAUUGCAACAAGCUCAAAUUGAGAAUGAUAGUGAAUGGAGUGAUAAUGGAUUGGAUUUGAGACAAGUGACAUUUAUUGGACAGCAUCCAAAACUAGUGCAACAAUUCGAUGACAAGUUUGAAACGAAUCAAAUGUUGAGAAGGGAAAAUCUUUCAGUAGCAAAUUCUAUUCUAGUUUCAACACGAGAAAAAUUAGAGGAAAUGCAAUUAAUUGGAAUUUACAAGGAAAAUAUCAAAAUUCUUGAGGAGUUAUCGGUAGAGUCGUUACACGAUUUUGGUAUUCAAUUUCCACUCAUUAUCAAACCUGUCAGAGGACGUGGCAGUGAAGGUGUGGAAAAAGUUGACACAUUCGAACAGUUGAUUGAAAAAUCACUUGAAUUAUUGAAUCAAAAAAUUCAAGUGAAUGACAAUUUGAAUGUUCUCAAAUAUGGAUAUUAUUUCAUUGUGGAGGAAUUUUUAAACGGUGAUGAAUUGACACUUACAGUCAUGCCACCAGGAACUUACUCGAUCGAUCAUCAACAAGUCGAAUUUUCAAAACAUUGGGCUCUUCCUCCUGUCAAGAGAUUCAAUCACAUGAAUGGAGUGGCUCCCUAUAAUGGAAUUGUAGCAGUCAUCCAUAACAGUGUUGCUUUAAAACGAAUGGAAUUUACUAUGGAUGAGGCCAUUCAAAAGAUUAUGAGAGACUGUGAAAAAGCUGCUGAAUGGGUCAAAGCGAAAGCACCUAUUCGAAUCGACUGUCGAUCUCAUCACACGGAGGAUUCUGUUCAACAUUUUAAAAUGUUUGAUUUAAAUAUGAAGCCAACAUGA